AUGUACACCAAGGGCGGGGGCAACUACAGCGAGUGGAAGGACAUCGACCCAUGGGUCACUCCACCAGCACCGGCUGCGACGAUGGCGGCCCCGGCGGCGGCCCCUCUCAAGGAGAGGGGAAUAAAGAUGUCCUCGGUUAUCGACCAGUCCGACGACAGCGAGUUUGUUCCCGAGAGCCUGGCAAAAGCAGAUUCGUGGUAUCAGCGCUACCUGCGUAUUAUGGGUGGCGCGCCUCAAGAAGAAGAAGACUGCACGGUGGAACAGCUAUCGGCGCUGAACAAGAGGGUCCACACUUUGGAUCUUCCUCCCUAUGUGGACCUGGGGGUUUGGCAGCCUUACGGCAGGCGGGCGCUCAGGGCCAGCAAGUUUCGAGCUUGGUUCCCGGAUGGAGCUGGCGGAUACAUGGCCAGAGAACUGCCGGGGCCAGCUUCGUGGAGCCAGUGGCUUGCUGCUUGGCGGGUUUUCCAGACGGCGGCGAUCAUGCUUGACAUUUUGCCCCUGGCUUCGCUCCAGUUGUACGUGAGACACAUUGAGAAGCUGGUCAAGCUUUACCCUUCGGCGUGGCACCUGGUGGUUUUGGCUGACGAGAAGGCGAGGGGCGAGAAGUGGGCCCGCCUGCGGCUCAAGAUCUCCGCAGACCUGGCUGCAGGAAAGGGGCCGCCAGAGCUUUGGGAUCCGCAUCGACCGUGGGUGUCGGCACUUCACCUGCUUGUGAACGACACCGCUUUCUGGGAGGACCAGGUGCGAUCCCCGGCCAACGCCUGGGUGGCUUCGGGAGGGCGAGGCGCACCACGCACCCCGGAGGAGACCUACAGCGCUUCACAGGCUUCUGGCUCAGAUUUGGACCCCAGCACCGCCAUCCGGAAGCGAACCAGCAAAGAAAAGAGGCAGGCAAAGAAGCAGCGGGUCCAGGCGGAGAAGGAGGAGCUGAAGGUGCUCCGCGCGGCGGCCACCGGCAAGGGCAAGCUCGACGGCAAGGGCGACAAAGGAGGCGGGCUUAAGUUUAAGGACCAGGCGGGCAGCGAUCUGUGUUUCAGCUGGGAUUCUGCUAAGGGCCCUUGGAUGCAAGGGGAAAAUCAAGAGGAUCCACAAGUGCAGGAUCUGCUUGAGCCCCGGCCACCGCAGCCAGGACUGUCCACAGAAAGCGUGAGCCUUGAAAGUUCGUCUGCCCGCUCCUCUGGAAGCAGCCAGAGAGUGAGUCGCAUGUCCAUGUCACGCGGGCAAGAAUUCCUUCUGGGAGCCCUUUGGCACGACAGAAAGGAGUGGAGCCCAGAGGGCCGCGGCGGCUCGCACAUGGGCCAGGCCGCCGGGUGCUGCGUGAUGGCGGGCAAGGUGUUUUGCUUUCUCCAUUUGUUCAGCGGUUCGCAUGACAAGCUGGGGGAAGCCGUGGUGGCGGAAGCCCGUGCCCCGGGGCUCGAGGCCACAGUGGAAGCCUACGACUUGUGCAAGGGGCACGACCUGACAAACACCGGCCUGGUGCAGACCAUCGUGAAGAAGGCGCGCGAGGGCAAGUACCAGGCGGGCCAUGCGGGCUUCCCUUGCACCACUUUCACGCGACUCCGCUGGAGACCGGAGCAAGGCCAGCCAGGCCCGGUGAGAUCACGCCGAUUCAUCUACGGUUUGCCUGGCAACAACCGGGCCCAGCAAGAGGAGGCAGACCGGGGCACGCUCUUAGCCCUGACUUCGCUUAAGGUGCUGGACGCCAUGGCAGCCGGGCAGCUCGAGGGCGAGGGCGAGCAAGUGAGGACCAUUGAGAACCCUCCGGAGACUGGCCACGCCUUUGCAGGCUCGGCGUACUACCUGCCCGAGGUCGUCGAGUGGAUCAGCCGACCGGGGGUGGAGUUCGCUGAUUUCAACAACUGCGUCUACGCUGACCCCGCCAAAGGAGAGCAAGCCUACCGUAAGCCACAGAGAUUUGUCGGUGUGUGUCCCGGUCUGUCAGAGCUCACAGCCAAGUGCCGGUGCGGUCCAAGCUUUUUCCACCCAAAGGUCGUGGGCACGAUGGCGGCCAAGGACUCCGCUAGCUACCCCAUGGCCUUAUGCAAAGCGUACGCCAAGCUGGUGGUGCGAGCCUGGAUUGGCAAGGCCGAGGGCGGGAUCAAACGCCCCAGUGGAUGGGUCGACCGGCCCCCCGCGGGCCUUGUCGAGGAAGCUCAGUGGGAAGGCGGCCAAGGGACGUUCGGCAGCCUCAGGGUCCAAGACAGCAAGAAGGCCCGGAGGGACAAGGAGAACAAGGAGGCCAUCGGUGGCAUGCGUCGCCCGGUUUGGGCCUUGGAGCACGUGCCCGGCUUGCGGGCCGUGGGCCUGGAGGUGAGCGAACUCUUCGACAAGUUCGCGGCCAAGCACCCAGGCGCCAAGGGCGCGGCCCAGGACUACGGCACCGAAGGGUUCGAGAUCGGCUUCGUCGAGGAAUGGAGGCGGUGGCUGGAGAACCAUUUCGGCGUCGAGUCAGGGCAUCCGCGGCUUCAGUUGAAGAGCCUGCUUCAUUACGAAUCCCCGGUCAACACCUCUUUGCUGGAAGCCUGGACGCUUAAGGCCAGGGAUCCGGACAAGGCGGUGGUGGAUUGGUUGAAAGAGGCGGAUGGCACGGUGAAGAGACGCGUCAUUGUGGAUGCGCUUCGCUCCGGGGCCAAUGCUAGAGCAAGGUGCCCAGAGCGCAUUGUCCUCCCACGCCCCCAGGACAUCUACACCAUGGCAGCAGACCUCAAAGCCCAUGAGCCACAGCUGCUUGAGUGGUAUCGGGCCGAAAGGAUCCCAACCAAGGAAUGGGGUUCGGAGUUGGUGGCGGCCGACCUCACAGACGCCUUCACGCACUUCCCGGUCCACCCUUCAGAGCACGAGCAGUGCCUGUCGCCGGCAGGGGACGGCGAGAACUUCUACGUGUUCGUGGCCAUGUUCUUCGGGCACAAGUGCGCUCCGCUGAUAAUGUGCGGAGCUCCAGCUGGCGACCUAUACAUCGAUGAUCCCUUGACGGCGCUCGUGGGAUCACGGGCCAGGCGCAACAGGAACCUCAGCCUCGAGCUCCUCACCUUGGGCGCCUUAGGGAUAAGGCUGGCCUGGCACAAGGGGGCGAGGGGCUGCAAAAUAACAUGGAUCGGCAUCCACUUCUCGCUCCGUUGGAGAGAGGGAAUCCUGGACAACGAAGUGCCGGAGAAGCUCCGCGACGAGCUCCUCGAGAAGCUGGAGAAGUGGGCAAAGGGGGGCAUGGUUCCGCUGAGCCAGCUGCGCACCUUUGCGGGCAAGCUCACCUGGGCCGCUGGGAUCUACAAGCGAGCCAGGUGGGCAGUCUCCAUCGUCUACGGGGCCAUCACCGCGCAUGAGGCUGAAGUUCGUGAUGGCACCGAGGAGGCGAGGAGGGCGGCCCGACAGGAUGGCCGGUCCAAAGAAUUCUUGGUUCCGGUGAAAAGGUUCGAGUUGGCCAGGGCGUGGCUCGCCACGCUUUUCAAGACGAGGAGGCCGAAGACCUCCAUGUCGCUGUGGCGGAAGCCGGAGUCGAUCAUGAUUGUCACGGACGCUUCGCCGCAAGGCUGCGGGGGGAUGCUGCUGGUCCGGGCGAACCCAAACACUCCCUGGAACAUCUUGAAAGCCUUUGAGUACCCUAUCGAGCCUCAGGACGCGACCUUGCUAGGCUUCGUGUACAAAUCGCACCGGAGCCAAAGCUACUUGGAGGCCCUGGCAGUUUACAUCGCGCUCCUCGAGUGGGGCAGCCUCCUGGCAGCCAUCAAGGUCGGGCUGGCGAUCCGCUCGGACUCCACCGUGGCCCUGGCCCUCUUGGAGAAAGCCGCUUCCUCUUCGGCCGCUUUAAACCUCUUGGCGGCGGAGAUGGCCUUGCACCUUGAGAAGCUCCAGGUCGGCGAGAUUGCAUUGUCACACGUGCCGGGCAACAUCAAUGUUUUAUCCGAUUGGUUGUCGCGACCGGAGACCCGGGGGGACAUGCCAAGCCAGCUUCAGGGUGUCAAGAUCGGCAAGCCCAAGAAGCUCAAUCGCCCUCGCCUGGACAGCAUGCACUUUCCCUCCCGCAGCGAUGUGGUCCGCACCGCGACUUCUGAUGUGGGGGCUGCGCCUAGCAGUGCGGAUGGCAAGCUGGUUGUGGACCUGCUGCCGCAGAAGAGCUCAGCGAGAACUUCCGCAGCCAGGAGUGGAUGCCCGGUUCCCGGCGCCAACAAGAAGGUCGCCCUUUGCAGCGGGGCGGGCUCCGAGUCAGCAGCACCGCCGGGACCUCUCAGCGAGCUCCAGCUCCGAAGGGGCCCAACAAUGCUUCGGUGGCAGAGGCAGGGAUUCAGUGACAGCCACGCCGAAGCGUUCUUCGAGAAGAGCGUCGGGGGGCCACAGCAUGGACCCAGCAUGGGAAGCAGACCAAAGCAUGGCGAGCAGACGGGAGGCUUCAACUCAAGCUGGGGCCCCGGGCUAUGGUCGCACUUGGGGCCAUCAGUCUACGCCGCUCUCCCGCCUCAUGGGGAGACUGGAGGCCACCGACGGCAACCAGAUGUCAAGGACUUGGCCCUUCGGAGCCUUAGCGAGGACAGACGACCUCGACAGUCAAGGACCGCACUCCGGAGCUCGGAGAGUCAGGAACUACGUGGUCCAAACAAGGGGGCCAAGUUUCGCCGGGCACUCGAAGUGGCUCGGGAUCCCAGCGCACUGGCGGCAGCUUUGGCGGACCUCAAGAAUAAGUUCUUUGCGGAAUCCAACCAAGCGGCACAGGCGAGAAAGGAGACGGACGUCUUGGAGCUCGUCGCCGCCCUCACCAAAGGCCUACCGGCGUUCCCUUUGACUCCGACCAGGGUUCUAGAGUUUGGGGCCGCGCUCCUCGAGGCCAAGUACAAGUCGGGAGAACAAUACUUGGGUGCUCUCCGGCUAGCGCACGUGGAACGUGACCAUGCAGUCACUCCGGCGCUGAAGCGGGCCUUCGACUUAGCCAAGCGAGCGCUGGCCAGGGAUAAGGGCACCGCAGACCGCGCGCCGGAGUACCAGAUCGAGGACUUCCCGAUGGAGGCGGUGAUCCACGACCUCGUUCCCGGCGAGCUGGCUUUGCCGAAGUUGACCUACGGCCUCGCUGUCUCUUUCAUGCUUCGCCGCUGUGAGCUUGAGCGCGUCCGCUGGAAAGACGUGACCUGGGACAACGCCAAGCUCACCCUCUUCCUCAGAAAGUCGAAGACGGACCAGGCCGGCAAGGGAGUGCGGCGCACGUUGGGUUGCACCUGCGCCCGAUCAGCAGCAACGUGCCCUGUGGAACUAGUGAAGGAGUUGGCGAAGGCCGUGCGGGCCGGCCUCACCAUCGCGGAGGUCACCUACCUGGGCAGAUGGCAUUCUGACCUGGUUUUCCAGUACGGUGAAGAAGCCUGGGAAGAGCCAGAAGGGCGCCGCGCUAAGGCACUACCGGCCCCACCUUCGACCGACUCCGUUGCCCACCUUGCUAGAGAGCUCCCCGAAGACAACCUGAAGGUCGAGACGCAGGAGGGGUUCUCGGACAGCCUCCUCACGGGCAAACCGAAGUGGGUCACAGCGUCGGGGAGAUCGAAAGCGGCAGCCAUUCUGAAAGCUCUUCGGCGACCUGGAAAACGAAAUGCGGUUGGCGCCGGGCCUGUGAAGACUGGCACCUUAGGCGGUGCUGUGUCCAAGGAGGCUCUGGGUCUCGGCGCCUCGGGCCUCGCGGUUGGCGUGGGCGGGGCGGCCCGCACUCGGGCCGGUUUUGCCUUUGCCCUUUUCGGGCUCGGCUGCGGCUGUUCUGCCCCGGUCUUCGCCUGGGGCGGCGGUGCGCUCGCCUAUGAGAGGGCGGCCCUCUUCGACCUCUCUCGAGAUGAACCAGCAGCCGACCCCGUGGUCGAGGCCCUGCGCGGGGAAGUGGCAGGUUUGCUGGAGAGCCAAGCGCAGCAGCUGCAGGCUGCGAUUGGCGAGCUUGCGGCCCAAAGACAGCAACAACAGGGCCUAGCUGCAGCAGCCGCUACGGCGGCACCCGCCCCUGCGCCCGCACAGGCGAGCGGUGGAGGGCACUUGCUUAAGAGCAUGCGGCUCCCUACCUCCCUUAAGGGGCGGGACGACUGGGAGCGUUUUGCCUUUCAGGCAGAGUCCUACCUGGCAGUCGUUGACACCAGGUAUCCAGCAGAGCUGGAGGUGGCUCGAAAGUGCAAGGUGCCACUCCAGAUGGCAGCCAUGACCGAAGAAGUGCGGACCCUUAGUGUCCGCCUCUUCGGCAUGCUGGGCAGCUGGACCCAGGACUCCGCCACAGCUGUGAAGCUGGCGCGCGGAGUGGGGCCAGAUGGGUUCGAGCUCUGGCGUCUCCUGUGGCAGGAGCACAACCCAGAGAACGAGUCCAAGAACCUUACCUGGAGGCGGACCCUGCUGAUGCCGAAGUUCCCGCCAAAGGAGAGCGACUUCUCCUUGGCUCUGCAGGAAUGGGAGGCAGACCUGGACCGCUACACCUCCGAGUAUGGCGCAGGGCGCGCCCUAGCAGAUGAAGAUCUGCGGGCAGUGCUGGUGACCGAGAGCCCCAAUGCUCUUCGACAGCACCUCGCCAUGCACGCGGCGAGUCUUUCGACUUAUGCCGAGGUGAGGGAAGUGGUGGUGAGCUACUUGCAAGCCAAAAGGGUCUGGACCCCGAGUGCGGGCUACGCCGCCGCCUCUCGAAGGGACCCUAACGCCAUGGACAUUGGCAGAAUAGGGGACCGAGACGGGAAGGAUGGAAAAGGCAAAGGCGAUAAAGGCAAAAAGGGGGACAAGGACCACAAAAAGGGCAAGGGCGACCACAACGACAAAGGAAAAGGAAAAGGGGACAAAAAGGGGAACCAGCAAGGAUGCAGAGACGGCAAAGAGAGGUGCCCCAUCUGCUGGAAAACGGGGCACACCGUUAGGGAAUGCUGGUUUAACGCCAAGGGAAAAGGUAAAGGCAACAAGGGCCAGGUGGCCCAGGUGGCCGACGACGCGGCCACAACGUUGUCAACGACCUCCUUGGCGACUGCGGGCCCCUCCGCGUCCCAAGCCGGAAGCACUGGCGGCUCUGGCGGCAAGGGCCAGGUGCGCCAGGUGCACGACGACCGCAUCUUAGGUGUGCGGUUUGCCCCGCCUCACGACACCGAGCCAGAAGAGGACAAGAUCCUCAAGGUGUCGGGGAGUCUUCUUGUGGACUCCGGGGCGUGUGUGUCCGUGUGCAGGCCUGAGGCGUUUCCCGACCUGCAGCCCGCGGGCCCACCAAAAAGCCUUUACUCGCUGCACAACAGCCGCCUGAAAACAAAGGGCCGUGUCCAGCCGCCGGUGCGGGCAUUUGGCUCCACCGAGAGGACAGCCACAUUUUGUGGCCAGACGGCGUGCGAGCCUCGAUCCUCAAGACAGAGAGGGUCACAGUUCCUCCUACCCUACGAGUGGGAGCUCCCGCCGGGGUCAGCAAACCGGGUGGCACCGGUGGCAGCAGAGCCACCGAGCCCAGGCAGGGACCUGGGACACUACGACUACAUCCCGGAGCACGACCUCAAAGCUCGAAAGGUGGAGGACGCGGCGAUGGAAGCAGCAGCCGACGAAGAGGCCGAAGCUGCUGAAGAGGAGGAGGUUGCGGGUAACCCCGCCCCUCUCGAGGAGCAGGCCGACCAGCCUGAAUCAAGGCCACGCGGCCUAAGGGCACCGCGCAACCCCACGGAGCAAGAACGCGCCGAGCACGAGCUCACUCACACGCCCUACCAGGCGUGGUGCGAGAAGUGCGUGGAGGGAAAGGCGCGCGAGGACCCUCACCGCCGCCGUGAGCCCUCAGAUGAUCCGGUGACGCCUUUGGUCACCAUGGAACCUCACAGACAGGGGCUUGUGGAGCAGUUCGUGGAUCGCCUGGGGUACGACAAGUUUACCCUACAGGUUGACCAGGAGAAUGCCAUAGCCUCUGUGGCCCGUGCGGUCCACCGCCGGCUUGGAGCUGCUAGGGUUCGCACUUGGCUCUCGCAGCUAAGAGCGGACUACCCCGCCUUAGAGCACGUGGCCUGGCUGCAGGCCCGUUUUGGGACAAAGUCAACGGAUGGGGUGACGCCAUAUCGGGCAGCCACUGGCACCGACUAUGGUGGAGCACCCUGCUCCUUUGGAGAAACCGUUUUAGCAAAGCUUCCAAGGCCUGGGAACAAAGCGCAAGUGCGCUGGGUCAAAGGGGUCUGGGCCGGCAACGUGAGGAGCGUUAGGCGACUCCCGCCGGAGACCCGGCACCAGACGGCAGUCGUUCUCAAAGCGUGCGGCUUGCCUUGGAACCCCAGAUUUGGCCGCGCAGCGCCAGCAGAGCGCAGCGAGCCAAUGAUGGUACCAAUCCCUCUGGCCACGCCGGCCGAGGAAGUGGAGCGGCUAGAACCGCCCGGAGAGCCCUGGCUCUUCCACGACGGGCCCCGGUCCGACGACGAGGCCCUCUUGGUUGCAGGGGCCGAACAGACCAGCAGGCUCCCGGACGCUAGCCCCACUGAGGAGCUAGCCAACGCAGACGUGCCCGACUACGAGCCGUCAGACGUGGAGGCAGAACCUGCCGCAGCAAGCGCGCUGCCGCAACAAGCGGCAAGCCCCGCCCAAGCCGCCAACGACGGCUCAGGUGAAGGGGGGCAGAAGCGCGACUCUGCGGGUUCCUCCGCGAGCGCAGCGGCAGCACAGCAGCCGCCUGCAGCUAAGAGCCGGGUGGAGCCCAAGAAGGCACCGCAGCUUGGAGUGCUCACGGAGCGCGAGGUGUGGCAGCACAUCGCUGCCUUAGCCGACCCGCCGCUCACCAACCACAAGGGCGAGCGGGAUGCGUGGGUUGGGCAGGUUACGGACCUGCUAGACCGGAUGCUCGACCCCAAGGAGGUCGAGCAAGCACGCAAGGAGCAGCUGAGAAAGCUGUGGGACCGAGGCGCUUUCACGCCUGUGCUGCGGUCUGAAGUACCGCGCGGGGCGCAGCUGUUCAGGGCAAAGUGGGUUGACAAGUGCGACAAGGGAAGGUACAAGUCAAGGUGUACCUGUGCCGACGUCAAGGCCCGCUACAGCCCAGAACAGGAAGCUGGCUUGGACGUUUUCGUCCCAACGCCAACGCCCGAGAGUCAUUCCCUAUUGGAGGGAGCAGCGCUACACAACGAAGGGUGGGUCACAAGGUCUCUGGAUAUCGUGGCCGCCUUCCUCAUAGGGAAGGACCGCGGUGCGGCGGAAGGCCGCCCGGUCUACAUGCAUGCGCCUGUGGAGUGGCGCGAGCUCUUUGACCAAUGGGUCUUGGAGCAGCCUGCAAAGGACCAGCAGUGGUACCGAGACCACUUCCGGGACUUUGUGUUCCGAGUGGACGGCAACCUUUACGGCCGAAGAACGGCCGGGUCCGUCUACAGGGACGAGCUGGAAGAAGUCCUCACCGGCAAGCUGUGCCAGGACUACGACUUCCAGCGAGGCGUGAAGGACGCGUGCGUGUUCCUAGACCGCCGGUCCGGCCUGAUCCUUCUCCACCACAUCGACGACAUUCGGGUCGUGGGCCCCAAGGCCGCAGUGCCAAAGUUCACCGAGGUGGAUUUACCGAAGCACUGUGAGAUAACGGUGGGAGAACUGGAAGAGAAGGGCACAGCGGUGGAGGUCCUAGGAAGGACCAAGGUGCGCACAGAGGACUCUAUCCUCACGCUGCCUGACAGCAAGCACGCUGAGAAUGUGUGCGAGCAGCUGGGCAUCGGCCCAAAAGACAAGGGGACCGUGCCUAGCAGACCUCUAGACCUGACCAAGGUCGAGGAGCUCUCUGCGGGUGACGCCGCGAGGUUCCGCAGCGCCGCGGGUAGUGCUAUCUACCUGUCGGCGGACAGGCGAGACAUACAGUUCGCCGUGAAAGAGCUGGCGCGAAGGAUGCAGAACCCAAGGGUCUGUGACUGGCUCGCUGCGGAAACCCUCGCGCGAUACCUGCGGGCAACCCCGCGGUUUGGAAGGGUAGUUGUGCUGGACCCCGCGUCCAAGAGCACAGCCCUUCUGAACUUGGAGGUCUACUCAGACUCCGACUGGGCAGGGUGCCCAGAAACAAGGAGGAGCACAGACAACAUAGUUGCCUGUCUCGGGGCAGCAGUCAUCCAAACAAGCUGCCAAACACAGCCCGGUCUCCCGGCAACCUCCAGCGGAGACGCGGAGAUCCGAGGAGUGUCACGAGCAGCUAAGGAGGCCGUCUUCCUACGAGAGCUUGCGGAUUGCCGCGGCUUUGGGCUGACUCCGCAGCUUCGAUCGGAGCCGCCAAGCGCAUAG